CGCUCUUCACGCAACACCUUUCAUCUUGCGAGUGUCUAUGCGCGGAUUAGCCUACUAUUCAUCUAAAAGUGGUGACUUGGAGAUGCCAGACUUCCCCAAGCAUAAAACCACAGUCAGGAAAAGAUUGAGUGUUGUGAUAAACGGUGAUGAAUAAUGACAGUUUUGGCCAAAUAUUAACGAGGCUUGUGCGCUACUACUGAAAUGUGCUGAAUACGGAGAAGGGGACGCGCGAUGCGUUAACGUAACAGGUGGCACUUUAUGGUUACAAUGGGGUUUUUUAGCAUUUGUGUCAGUGUCAGUUUUAUAGUAACAAGUUAAAAGCUAGCUACAUGCUGCAGUGGAGGAAUGCGCUUUUUUGAAAACAUGAAGCGCAGGUCUUAACGUCCCAAAGGAAAAACAACGUCGAGAAAGACUUGAAAAGGAAGCUGCUAUUCAUGAACUUUCCACGUGAGCAAAGUGACUUUUUAACUACCAAAACGGUUCGAGGGAAGACAAGUUUUGAUUAAUGGACAGCAGGAUGUUUUCUGGUCAGGGUGGUUUGAAUUACAGCUUCAACAUGAGCGAUGACCGGGAGCUGGUGGACGCGCCGGCGGGCACGGAGAGGCUCUCCCCUACGGGCUUCGUAGUGCUGUCCGUGGUGCUGGGCUUCAUCAUGAUUUUUGGCUUCCUUAACAACUUCAUUGUGCUGCUGUUGUUUUGUAAAUUCAAGAAGCUGCGAACACCGGUGAACAUGCUGUUGCUGAACAUCAGUGUCAGUGACAUGCUGGUGUGUUUGUUCGGCACCACUCUCAGUUUCGCCUCCAGUAUUCGGGGGAAGUGGCUGCUGGGACGCAGCGGCUGCUGCUGGUACGGCUUCAUCAACUCCUGCUUUGGUAUUGUAUCGCUGAUCUCUCUGGUGAUCCUCUCCUAUGACCGCUACAGCACUCUGACUGAAUACAACAAGCGUGGGCCAGGCUAUCACAAGUCUCUGCUGGCUAUCGGCGGCUCUUGGCUGUACUCCUUUUUCUGGACAGUGCCCCCUCUGCUGGGCUGGAGCAGCUAUGACAUAGAGGGGGCAGGAACCAGCUGCUCUGUGUCCUGGAAAGUUCACACGGCCCAGUCGCACGCUUACAUCAUCUGCCUCUUUAUUUUCUGCAUGGGUCUACCCAUCCUGGUGAUGAUCUACUGCUAUAGCAGGCUGUUAUGGGCAGUCAAACAGGUGGGUAAGAUCCGGAAGACUGCCUCUCGGAGGAGAGAGCACCACAUACUUUUUAUGGUUUUGACCACAGUGGCCUGCUACAUGUUGUGCUGGAUGCCUUAUAGUGUCGUGGCCCUGAUGGCAACAUUCGGCCCUCCCAACAUCAUUACUCCUGUGGCCAGCGUGGUGCCCUCACUACUGGCCAAGAGCAGCACUGUCAUCAACCCUCUCAUCUACAUAUUCAUGAACAGACAGUUCUACAGGUGUUUACUGAUUCUGUUCCAAUGUGACCACUGGUCAGCAGAGAACAGCAACAUCUCGAUGCCCUCCAAGACCACGGUGAUCCAGCUGAAGCGCAGAGUCUACAGCAACACGGUGGCCAGCACCGCCCACAUCUCCACUGAUGCUCUCAACCAGUGUGGCAGCACCUCGGCCAUCAAGCACACAAACCCCCCCGAGGUCACAACUUGAGCCUGAAUAUUCCUUAACAAUGGAGCAUUAACUCAGCUCGACAGCCACACUUACGUGAACUGCCGUGGAUGUGAACUAAAUCAUGAUGCAUUUAGAAAGUAAAUGUGCUUUAUGUGAGUGUGUUUGUCCUAGAGUUAUUGACUACUGUUACGUACAAGACACAAAAGUACUAAAUGUCUGGAGGCAUUAUAUGGUCAAAGGUAUGCAGACACCUGAAUAUUACACCUACAGUAUUGUUUGUGAUUGUUGAACAUCUCAUCCCUAAACCAAGAACAUGGUAUGCUGCUAUAACAGCCUCCAGUUUUCCAGGAAAGCUUUCCACAAGAUUUUGCACCAAUUUAGCCACAAUGUAAACGUCAGGCACUGAGGGGGAUAUGGCCUGGCUCGCAGUCAAAGAAAAGGUGUUUGAAGGGUUUAGGUCAGGGCUCUCUGCACCAAAAUCUGAAAACCAUUUCUUUAUGGUUCUUCGCUUUGUGCACAAUGGAAUUGUAAUGUUGAAACAGUUAAUGUUGUUCAUGUUAUUUAUGUGUUAUAGCAAUGGGAUUUUCCUUAAUUGGAACUAAAGACAAAAACAAUACUCUUAAUUAAAAACAAAAUUCUACUCCAAUGUUUGCCAUAUGGAGUACUUUACCCUUGUUUAUAGGUCUAUUUAUCUUUUCAAUAUUCUGUUUGACCAAUUACAAUAAAGUAAUAGUUGAUAUUAAAAGGUUUAAUAGAUGUAUAUGAUUUUUAUGAACUCACCUGUCAAUGUUAUCAUCUACAAAGUACAUUUUCUCUUAAUUACACAGGAAUCAGGGUGAAAAUACGUUACACAUAAGUGAAGAAUGUUGUUUGUCAAAAACUCUUGUUAAUUAACAAAGAUUUUCAAAACCCAGGUGCACACUUAAAAAAUACUUUUUUUCUUCAACCAUCCAAUCUAAAAAACAAAAACAUAGUGCCUAUUCUCUGGUGAUUGUUGUUUGUCAUUGUGCUGCUGUAAUCUUCAGUGGAUUGAUGUAUUCAUCAUGUAAUGUAAAUGUAAACGUCUUUUCCUCCUCUUUACUCCAGCCUCUGCUGUGCGCUGACUGCAAAUGUUGCAGAAUCCUAAAAAUUCUCACAAAGAUUUGCCUUUUAACCUGUAUAUAUUUAAAAUUUAUAUUUAUUUUUAUUUCUGGAAUAGUGAUCUCUUUUGAUAUAAUUGUUUUGGGUUAUUGCAUGAUAUUGUUAAGUUUCAUUGCUCUGAAAUCAUGGAGAGACAUUUGGAGAAUUACUUACACCUGUAUUCAAUUAAAGAGCUCCACCCUCUCUAGGAGUGUCUGGUCACACCUGUGGUCUUACUAGUAAGUAAAAGCUGUGACACAGAAGCUGUGCUCAAAACCGUUCCUUAUCACGGAAAUAGUGUAUAUACUAUAUAGUGUGUUCGCAAUUUUGUAGUGGUGUUCGAAUUCUCCGCAGUCAAUUUCACUCACUAUAUAGUCCACUAUAAAAUAGCCACAAUGCACAGCUGAUUU